AUGCCUGAUCUUCGCCUCCUCACCUCCGCCGCGUCCAACGACACGCUCUGCGAUCUCCCCCUCAAGCAGCUGGCUGUCCGUACACCACCUGCAGCUUGGAACAUCCGUGUCUCUCCAGCCAUCGCCCUCUCCCGCAACCCUAUCCGCUCCACCAUCGCAUCCGUCACCUCCACCCCACCUCAAACUACUAAAGCACCCAUCAACCUCGGGCUCGGCGAUCCCACCUCCUACCCUCUUCACCCACCACCGCCAACCACUUCCGCUGCUAUCAUCACUGCCGUCUCGGGCGAGCGGUCGAACGGCUACGUACCUGGCGCGGGGACGACAACGGCGAGGCAAGCUGUCGCGGACUACCACGAGAGAUGGGACCGCGUCCAGUACGAUGCUGAUGAUAUCACUUUGACCCACGGUGUCGGCCAAGCUCUGGACAUGCUCUUUUCGGUCCUCUGCCCUCACUCGCGCAUCGAGCAGACCAACGUCCUCCUCCCUCGCCCUGUCUUCGCGCAGUACCCUAUGCUCCUGGCGAAUCUUGGCGUCGAGGCGAGGUUUUACGACUGUAUUGAGGAGAACGGGUGGGAGGCGGAUCUGGACAUGCUGCGGAGUCUGGUAGAUGAGCGGACCCGAGCUAUCGUCGUGACCAACCCUAGCAACCCUUGUGGCACAAACUUCUCAGCCAAGCACAUCUCGGACAUACUAGCCGUCGCAGAAGAAUGGAAAGUCCCCAUCAUCGCCGACGAGAUCUACGGACACAUCACCUGGUCCACUCCCUUCACUCCCCUCGCCUCCCUCUCCAACUCCGUGCCCAUCCUCACCCUCUCCGGCCUUUCCAAACGCUUCCUCCUCCCGGGCUGGCGAGUCGGAUGGAUUGCGCUUCACGACCCCCUCGGCGUAGCUGGACCUAUCCGAGAAGGGCUCGCAGUAUGGGCAAACCGAUACUUUGGACCUAGCAGUCUUACCCAGGCUGCUCUGCCUGAGAUCCUCCUGACUCCGGACGCAUGGCACGCCGAGGUCCUUGCGAAAGUCAAGCUUAAUGCGGAGAUCAUGACCUCAUCCAUCAACCAGAUCCCCGGAAUAUCCUGCGUCGCACCUACCGGCGCGCUUUACAUGCUCGUUCGUAUCGACCCCCUCUCCUUCCCCGAAUUUACCGACGACGUCGACUUCUGCGCAGCGCUCUACAGGGAAGAAGCGGUGUUUGUGCUCCCGGGACAGUGCUUUGAGGCGGUGGGGUACUUUAGGGUGGUGUUGGCGAGUCCGGCGGAGAUCAUGAGGGAAGUAGGGGUGAGGUUGGCGGAGUUUUGUGCGAGGCAUCGGGUAUUGUAA